CUCUCUCUCUCUCUUUUUCAGGUGCUGGAAAACUAUUCUGAUGGACCCAUGACCCCGAAACAGAUUCUGCAGGUGAUAGAAACGGAGGGCCUAAAGGAAAUGAGUGGCACAUCCCCGCUGGCCUGCCUGAACGCAAUGCUUCACUCCAAUUCAAGAAGCUGCGAUGGGCUUUUUUAUAAGCUUCCUGGCCGGAUCAGCCUAUUUACUCUCAAGAAAGCGGCUGCCCAGUGGUCUCGGACCCUCGCUGGACCUGAAGGAGAAGAGCUGGACGAUGCGGAGAGCAGCGGUUCCAAUGAAGCUGCCAGCACUGUAAGCGGCGAUAAUGACGUUUCUCUGGAUGAAACCUCUUCCAAUGCCUCCUGUUCCACAGAGUCCCAGAGCAAGAGCUCGCUUGCUCUCCGAGAGAGCACCAGAACAGCGUCUCAGGUGAGCAAACAGAAGAAAAAGACGGGCGUGAUGCUUCCACGCGUGGUCCUCACACCGCUGAAAGUAAACGGGGCCCACAUGGAACCCUCCUCUGGGUUUGCGGGGAAGCCGGUCGGCGACGAGAGCAGCAGCAGCAGCAGCUCCUCCGUGUUGCCCAGCGCUCUCUGCAACAGGACAGACAUGGCGAGGGAAGCCCCCCAUCUGCUCCGGGGAGUCCGCAAACCCUCAGGCGGGCAAAUGAAGAGGAACAGGGGAGACGACAUAGACUUCGAGACGCCGGGCUCCAUCCUGGUGAACACAAACCUGCGGGCGCUGAUCAAUUCCAGGACCUUCAAUGCCCUCCCCCUGCACUUCCAGCAGCAGCUCCUCCUCCUCCUUCCUGAAGUGGACAGGCAGCCUGGGACAGACGGACUGCUGCGUCUGAGUGGAAGCGCCCUAAAUAACGAGUUUUUUGCUCAUGCUGCCCAGAGCUGGCGGGAGAGGCUGGCAGACGGGGAGUUUACUCACGAGAUGCAGGUCCGCAUCAGGCAAGAAAUGGAGAAGGAAAAGAAAACAGAACUCUGGAAAGAGCGGUUUUUCGAGGAUUACUACGGGCAGAAGCUGGGCUUGACCACAGAAGAGCAGAACUCGGCCCCCAGUGAAGCAGAGAAGAGGACCACGGCCGCCUCCCCAGAAGGCCCCACCAGGGCACCCUGCACUCCCACAACCCACCAGCCCGACGGGCACUUCAAGAGGCGCUCCCUCCGCUGCCGGAACCGUCGGAACCGGCAUAAAUUGCGUGAAGCGGAGCCUUCCUCCCCUGCCAAAGAGGCAUCCUCCUCCUCCUCGUCUGCGGAGGCCACGCCUGCCGAGGAGAGAGAGGCCAAUCCCGCCACGAACGAGUGCCAAGCCAGCCGGGCAACUCCCUCGGCCGAGAUGUCCCCGGAGGUGACCAAGAUCUUGAGCAAGGUGGAUGAGGCUGUGGCGGCCGCGGCGGCGGCAGCAGCAGCCCCGGACAGAAUUCCCAGCCUGCCUCUCGGACCGCAGGAUCAGCAGAAGAGGAAAUGCUUUGAGCAACCCGCCUCUACCUCUUUCCCCGAAAAGAAGCCCCGGCUUGACGACCGUCAGUCCUUUCGUAACACAAUUGAAAGUGUUCACCCAGAAAAGCCACAGCCCACCAAAGAGGAGCCUAAAGUCCCUCCCAUCCGGAUUCAACUUUCCCGAAUCAAACCCCCCUGGGUGGUUAAAGGUCAGCCAGCCUACCAGAUAUGUCCUCGGAUUAUCCCCAAUCCAGAACCCGUCAGGCCGGACCGAAGGGGGAGCCCAGCCUCUGCUGACUCUGAGGCCUGUCCUUUGCAAGGCCGAGUCCAGCGAGCGGCUGUUGCUCCUGCCUCCACCAUUGGAGGUGGGGGUGGGCCAGGAGGAGGCGGCGGAAGGAGCCCAGACGAAGGCGGUGGUGGUGGUCGCAGCAGCAACAACAGCAGCAACAGCCGGGUCCGGCCACCCAGGAGCCAUCGCGCCAAGCACUGGCGAUGCAAGAGAACUCGCGGGAAGCGCUGGUCAGAUUUACAGCGAGCACAGCUAUUGCCGCCUUCCCACCUAGGCGGGAAGACCGCCAGCUGGCAGGGGCCUGAAGCGAGCUUGCCUUCUGGAGCCAGAGAGCCCGCCGGGGAAGGAGAGCUCGAGCGGGGUAGACAGGCUGCGAGUCUUCCUUCCCAGGAAGCUGCUGCCCAGCUGGAGGAGUCGUCGGAAAGCAGCAUCCCGGAUUGCAGAGCAACGGAAGUGCCAUCCGGUCGUCCUGACCAACUUCUGGAUGAUCCCAGGCCUCCACCUUCUCCAGAAGAUGCUCCUGUGGAGGGCCGUAAUCGGAAGGAGAGAAGGGAAUCUCCCGUGGGAAGCCAACAGAACAAUGGCUGGCUAGGAGACUCUGAAAACAUCCCCUUUGGAGGCACGAGCAGGAAGGAGGGCCGUGAAGGUGACCUGGCUUCUGAGAACAGCACAAGAGUUGGCUCAGAGGCUUUGGGCUCUCCUGCAUGGGAGGCCGUUCCAGAGGACCCCAGUCCUGUUGGGAUGGAGCUCCCGCCACCCCAGACUCAGAGGGCCACUCCAGGCCCCGGAAGAGGGGCCCUGAGUAGCCCAGAGGAAGCUUCCCAGUCGACAACAGGCCUGCUCCCUCCUUGCUUCGAUACGACUGCCCACGAGAGCCACUUGUCCCCAGCAAUGGCAUCCUCGGGCAUGGAGGUAGAGACCGACCGAGAGCGGGCAGUGGCAAGGCCGAGCGCCAGCCCCGGCAGCGACGAGGAAGCCCAGAGUCCACUCAGUGAGACCACAGAGACAGCUUCCGAUUUGGACGCUGAGCUCACCGAUGAGAACUUGGAGAUCAACAGGGAUUGCUGCCAGGCAGAAGAGAGGGAAGAAGGGCCCGACCAGAGACGUCCGGAGGAACGCAGAGAGGUCAUCUUAGAAAACAGGGAAGAUUUGCCUUCGGAUGUCGGGGUUGUCAACUCACACUGCAGGACAAAGUUGCCCACUCCUAUUCUCACCACGGGCAAAUCGGUUCUCCGUGUUGAUGUCCCAAUCCAGGAAAGGCCACGCUCGGGCGUCCCCCAGCCUCUGUCCACUGCAGCAAGCAAGCCCCUCGAGGGACAUGUAAUCACCCAGGGCCUGCCUCCCAAAAGCAUUCUACCGGUCUCUUCCGAGGCGGCUGCAGCCUUUUCUCAGGACAAGCUGCCGGCAGAAAUCCGCCCUUUUCCCAAGGCGGUUAAGAGCAGUGAUCACCUCGUGCAGGAUGCCUCUUCCAGGGAGAGGACAGGCCUGAGUGACUCAGCCAGGAAGGCCACGCGGGCGCCCCAACCUUUGCGGGACUCAGCCGAAAGGGCCUGCCUGCCAGAGAUUGUCUCCCUGCCUCCAGAGAAGAGUCCCACUUCAGGAUCUCUGGAUCAAGCCAUCCGCCAGUCCCCGAAAACAGAUCUCUCGAAUCCGGGAAAGAAUCAAAUCUCUCCCUCCUGUCCUCGUCCAGAUAAAACGGAUCCUCCCAGGGCAAAUUCUACUCCUGGCAUCGGGAACCUGGAAGAGAAGCUGAAGACAGCCCUGGGGCCCAAGGCCCCCCUCCGCAUGACCUCUCUGGAGCCGGAGCAGCUAAGCAGCGGCCCUGCAGAGAAGACCCCCGUGGCUCUGGGCAAGAAGGUCUUUGGCUCGGGUGUCUUGGGUGGGACAGCAGCUAAGGCCCAGAAGCCCCAAGGCUCGGAUCCCUUCCCCAUGUGGGGCAUGCUGUCCCACAGCAAACUGGUCUCUCCCCUGCCCAAGGCUGUUUCCCCCGGAGCUCGCUUGCCUCCCGCAAGGGAAGACUGGUCCUCCAAGAGGAAUGGCGGGUCAGUGGAGAACAAGAAGGUCCUGUCCUCGGCCCAGAGAAAGAGGGAGCAGCAGAAAGAGGGCCCGCCCCACUUGAUGGAGCCUUGGCAGAGCUUCCCCCUGGUGAGAGACCUGGCUUUUUUCAAGCUGCCGAAGGAGCCGGGGAAGGGGGCCGCGCAGCCCCUGGAGCCUUCCUCCCUCCCUUCUCAGCUCAACAUCAAGCAGGCGAUUUACGGGAAGCUUUCCAAGCUGCAGCUGAAUUCCUCCCAUCUGAAUUACGCCUCUUCGGCCGGCAGCCCCUUUUUCCCCAGAAACCUGGAAGGCAACGCCGGGCCCUUCGGCCCCAAAGCCCACUUGACGGCUUCUUCCCGGGGAGGCGGGCUGUCUUUUUCCGCCCAGGUGUUUGCCGAGACGGGCAAAGGCAUGGAAGAGCUCUCCCUCAAGUGCUCCUGCAGCCUUAAAGCCAUGAUCAUGUGCCAAGGCUGCGGGGCUUUUUGCCACGACGACUGUAUCGGGCCCUCCAAGCUUUGCGUGCUGUGCCUUGUGGUCAGAUGACACUCGCAGCCCCGGAAAGGAUAAAGCUGUACAUUGAGCAGGUUCAGAGGAGGAGGAGGAGGAGAAGAGGAGAAGGACGCCGAUGACCAGGAACAACCGUAUAUGCAAAAGAUUCCGGUCCUAACGAAGCCAAUAUGGACGCUGUAUGUCUUGGGUUUUCCUGCUGGGGGUGGCAAGUCAGUCAUGGAGACAGGCUGGUUUCGGAGGGCCGAUUUCUCUCCCGUUGAGGAACUGUUGGGAGAUUUUGGCCCGUUGGACCGUUCUUGUGCCGUGAGCCCCAUUCCGGUGGGCCGGGUAUGGGGGGAAGAGCUGAUCUCUCCCCCCACCCUCCUGUUGGAAGGCCAAGUGGAAAGAAGGCCAGCUGAACCUGUCUUCCAUUUUCUCUCCCUGCCACCUCCCACCCCAAGCGCUGGACUCGGGUCAACCCGGAGACACAGGGCGGUGGGCUUCGGAGCUGCGACGCAGACGGAGACGAGGAGGCCGACGCGCCUCUCCUUCCCUGUAUCUUGGAAGACUUUUCACUUUCGAAGCAGUGUCAUCUUUUCUUGGGGUUGUUUUUUUUUUUUUUGGUUCGUUUUUUUUUUUUUUUAAACCCAUACGUAUAUAAAUAUAAAUCUAUAAUAUAAUUUUUUUUUUCUGUUCUUGGGUGUAAAGAAAACAAAAAGUGGAAAUGUUUGGCUCCUCUCUGUACUUUCUAUGCAUCAUGUCUUCUUCUUCAUCCGUUGUACACAGUACUUGGCCAGACUUUUGAAAAAUGGGUGUUCUGUACAUAAAAAUCUUUUUUUUGUUUUUAAAUCCUUUUCGGGGGGGGGUUGGCCUUUUUUUUUUUUCCCCCCCCCCCCCCCCUCUUUUCCAGGCUACCCACAGUAUUGCAUUGUAGAGUAGUGUCAGUUACGAACCUCUCUCCACCGGACGGCAGUGGCUGUUGCUCUGUCCUGCCUGGCCGAGCAGAGGGGAAGCGGGGAGCCCAACAGCUGGCCUGGGCCAGCCCUUCCUGUUGAAACACCCCCCAUCCCACCCCCGAGAAGGGAGUCCAUCUCCCAGAGGCAUGACCCAUUCUCGGCCCCCCGUCAUCUCCCGCCCUUGACCUACCUACCUACCUCUUCCUUUCUUGACUUCUUGGCUUUCACCAUAGACUUCCUGCUCAACAGCGAUAGAAGCAGUGUAAAAAUCUGGGUCGUCCGUCCGUCCCCCCAAAAGGGGUGGGGUGUGCAGUCAUGCGAGUUCACUCCCGAAACCAGUCGGAGCAGGGAAGGCGAGUUAAGGGUUUGUGUGUGUGUGAGAGAGAGAGAGAGAGAGCGGUGCUCUUCAGAAGGUGAAUCCACAGAUGGUCUGAACCUGCUUACCAAAGAAGGGGCUUCCCCCAAAAGCCUGCCCCCUCUUCUGACCCCCUACUCCCCGCCCCUGCCCUCCCCCCCCCCCUUCCAUCCUCCCAAGAAGGUCGGGGCUGUGUACAGAUGGAGCCUGGGCUGAUGGGGGAGGGGCAGAUCCUGGUCCACCCUGAUGUUAUAUGUCCCUUGUGGUAUGGAGAAUAAAAAUAAAAAUAAAAUAAAAAACAUUUGGAACA